GGCGAUGGUGGCGUUGGCUCGAUUGGUGAGAAGGGUUUCCAAGGAUACCCGGGACUCAAAGGUCGUCCCGGUGGCCCCGGUGAGCCCGGCACCGGGUUUGCAGGAGCACCUGGACUUCGUGGAGAACCCGGAGAACCUGGUAUCCCUGGGUUUCCAGGGUCACCAGGUCUGCCCGGAGAGAAGGGUGAUAGGCUACCAUGUACCAUACCUGGUGAAAUUGGAGAGCCUGGACCUCGAGGUUUACCUGGACAACCAGGCCCUAAAGGUACUCCAGGUUUCCCAGGAAGUCCUGGACGUCCAGGGUUUGAUGGUAGCAAAGGAGAGAAGGGAGAGCCCGGCUUUGGAGGCCAGCCUGGACCACAGGGCUUUCCUGGCCCAAGAGGGGACCCUGGGAUUCCAGGUGUACCAGGACAGAGUAUAGAUGGACCCAGGGGGAAGGAUGGUUUUCCAGGACUUCCAGGACCCAAGGGCCAGCCUGGAGAGGUUCUUGGAGCCACUGCAGGAAUUCCUGGGGUGGAUGGCCGACCUGGAAUGGAGGGAAACAAGGGUCAGCCAGGGACACCAGGAUCACCUGGAGCUCCUGGUUUUGAUGGACUCUCAGGUUCUCCUGGUCUGAAGGGAGAGCGUGGAAUUGACGGUUUGCCUGGUAUUACUGGUCUUCCUGGAUUUCCAGGUGAGCCGAUCGGGGCCACCCCCGGUCCGCCUGGACCUCCUGGCAGCAAAGGACAAAUUGGAUCACCAGGCUGCCCAGGAUACCCUGGUGUGAAAGGAGAAAGAGGGGACCCAGGUUUCCCCGGACCCGCUGGAAUGAAAGGAACCCCAGGACUUCCUGGCAUUAAUGGAAUACCAGGACCAGUGGGACCCCCUGGACUUCCAGGGCCAGGAACUAGAGAGGGCAACCCAGGAUUUCCAGGAGCAAAGGGUAUACGUGGCUUGCCAGGACUGAUGGGGUUCCCUGGUCUACCAGGUCGCCCAGGAUUGCCAGGAUUUACUGGAGUGAAAGGACAGCCUGGUGUGCCUGGUCGAGAUGGAUUUCCUGGGACACCUGCACCUUCUGGACAGAAAGGGGACAAAGGAUUUCCAGGUCCUCCAGGCCGACCUUCUCCACCAGGGAUUAUGGUGAAAGGUGUCCCAGGAGAACCUGGAUCUGUAGGCCUUCAGGGCUUCACUGGACCCAGAGGUGACAAGGGUCUGCCAGGUCGUCCUGGCCGACCUGGUCUGCCUGGAUCUUCUGGUUUCCCUGAUCAAAGUAAAGGGCAACCUGGACAGCCAGGGUUCCCUGGGCAGCCUGGACUCCCAGGCUUCCCUGGACCGAAGGGGGACUUUGGAAUCAUGGGAUUUCCUGGCAUGCCAGGACGAACUGGUGAUGGAGGUGCACCUGGGUUCCCCGGCAACCCUGGAGAACCGGGGCGACCUGGUCCCAAAGGCUCCCCUGGAUUCCCUGGCCCAAGUGGUCAGCCUGGAUUCCCAGGGAGAAAAGGAACAGAUGGGUUUCCUGGUCUGAUUGGGCUUCCCGGGGGUCCAGGAGUAAAAGGUCUGCCUGGAGCUUCGGGUUUGGAUGGACUUAAUGGCCUCGCUGGUCCUAAAGGUCUUCCAGGAAAUAAAGGUGCGGUUAUAGGGGGUCGUCCUGGUGCACCUGGUAGUCCAGGGUUGAAGGGAGAAAGAGGUGUGUCCUACCCUGGAUUGCCAGGGUUCCCUGGACCAAAGGGACAACCAGGAGAACCAGGCGCUCCUGGUUUCUCUGGGUUCCCUGGACGGCCUGGACCUCCUGGUAAACAGUCAGAAAUAUUCAUCCCUGGGCCUGUGGGGGACCCCGGCCUUCCUGGAUUGGAUGGAAAUUAUGGUUUUCAGGGUCCUCCAGGUCCCCCUGGACCACCUGGUCCGGGCACAACACAGGGUGACACAGGUGACCCAGGACUCCCAGGCUUCCCAGGAACCCCUGGCAUUAAAGGAGAGGCAGGAUUCCGUGGAAAUCCUGGAAACCCUGGCAAUUUUGGUUUCAAAGGAAUUGCUGGUGAGAAGGGAUAUUCUGGACUUCCUGGCAUCAAGGGUUCACCUGGAGAACCUGGUUUCCCUGGAUUUAAUGGACGCCCUGGACAGCCAGGGAGUCGUGGACAGAAGGGUCUCCCUGGAAUUGUGAUAGGACAAAAACCUGAGGACCUUGACCAAAUUUUCGGAGACCUGGGUCUUCCUGGUGAAAUUGGUGCACAAGGAAGACCUGGAAAGCCCGGUCUGCCUGGCUUUUCUGGACGUCCAGGGCCAAAGGGUCUUCCAGGUUCUCCAGGUAAUCUUGGCAGAACUGGAUCUGCUGGACCUCCGGGACAACUUGGUGAUCUUGGACCUCCUGGUUUCCCUGGACUGACUGGAGCACAAGGACCCCCUGGUGCAGUGGGUCGACCCGGCCUGCCCGGCGGCGUUGGCCGCAGCUUCAGCAUCGGCUACACUCUGGUGAAGCACAGCCAGAACUCCCAGGUGCCCAUGUGUCCACAGGGCAUGGCCAAAUUGUGGGACGGGUACAGUCUGCUGUAUGUGGAGGGACAGGAGAAGGCACACAACCAAGACCUCGGUCAGCCAGGUUCCUGCCUCAGAAGGUUCAGCACCAUCCCCUUCCUCUACUGCAACCCGUCAGAGACGUGUUACUACGCCAGCCGCAACGACAAAUCCUACUGGCUCUCCACGACUGAAUCCAUACCCAUGAUGCCUGUGGCCGAGGAGAGUAUACAACCGUACAUCAGCAGGUGCUCUGUGUGCGAGGCUCCCUCUCAGGCGGUGGCGAUCCACAGUCAGGACCUGUCCAUCCCCAUGUGUCCCCGCGGCUGGAGGAGUCUCUGGAUAGGAUACUCCUUCCUCAUGCACACAGCAGCCGGCUCCGAGGGCGGCGGUCAGUCUCUGGUGUCCCCCGGCUCCUGCCUGGAAGACUUCCGCACCACGCCGUUCAUCGAGUGCAACGGGGCCAGGGGCACCUGCCACUUCUUCGCCAACAAGUACAGCUUCUGGCUGACCACCGUAGACCCCAGGCAGCAGUUUGGCUCGCCGCCACAGCAGGACACCUUGAAAGAGGGCCUGGGGCGUUCCAAAGUGAGCCGCUGCCAGGUCUGCAGCAAGCUCUUGUAGUCGACGGCAGUGUGGGCGGGGCGACGUCAGGAAGAGAGAACUCUUUGAAAAAUAACAAGGAGCGAGGAAAUGUGACAACAACAACAACAAAAAAGCCUCCUGCCUGUUUUAACAGAUGGUUUCAGAAAGAAGACGUUACCAAACACAUUUCUCCCUUUUCUUAAUUCCCUUUAGGAGGAGUUGAUUCAGUAAAGAAGCUGGAAUGAGGACUUGAAAGGAGAYGAGCCACAGUGUUGGCUCCUCUCUAGAUUAUAACUGAGAAUGGUGCUAUUGUUAAUGUUUGUUGUUUUCUGUCUGGUUUUUACGUUACGGUAUUUUACCUCGGGGAGAGCUGCUCCGUUCGCAAAGCACUGCACCGAUUCCACAAACACGCAGAGAGGGACCCCUGCUUCAGAUGAGUCUGUUUACCAAGGUUUUAAUGUUAGUUUACAUCACCUGCUGAGGUUAAUGUCAGCCUUACAGAUCUUGGUUUAAGCUCUUUUUUAUUGUGAAUUGGCCACGUUUUAUAUUAAAAAUUGUUCUGAUGAACAAACAUCAAAUUGAACCCACUCUUGGAAACCGACUGAAGAGUUUGGGGAUUGUCUGCUUUGCUAAAUCUUACUAAAAAUCAGUAAUAAUAAUUAACAAGUGCAACAUAUGAACCGAUACAAGCAUUUUCACGUGUAAUCAGAGGAAUAGUUGAUAUUUGUGCUUCUCUAAUCUGUAUCAUUUUAUUCAAAUUGGGACAAAUUUUAAAAUUCAGGAUUCAGACACUAUUUCAUUUAUUUAUUUAAAAAUACAAGGCUUGUUUGUCAAAAUUUGAGCAAUGUAAAAGUGCCAUAAUAACUAGGAAACACUUUAAUGGAAAGCUUUUCUCUCACUUAGAUUAGGAUGUUCCUUAAAAGCAAAUGUUGAAUUUAUCAGGACUAGAGUUUGUGUUGACAAAGUCUGUUGUAGAAAAUGUUGUAUUUUUUUCUGGGCGAGACAUCUUACCCUUCAUUGUUGAUUUCUAAUAAAUGGACAGAAUCAACUUUCAUAUAUUUAUUGGAUGACAAGCAAAUUGAGAAUAAUUAGUUUUAAAAUAAUGAUAAAAAGCAGCAGCUCUUGUUAGCAUGCAGGCUCUAUCAUAGGACAAAACCCCUCAGAGGAUUAAAUUCACUCUUACUCUGUUUUAUAAUAAACUGUUGGUUCAUAAAGUUGGGGAUGGGAGCCCACUAGGGUCACAAAAGUGAUGGUUUUUAAAUGAUCUUCCAUAAUCAAAACAAAUUUUAAAGUGACUGAGAAUAACAUAUAAUGUUUGACCGAUAAAAAAGUAAUCAUAGCUGAGUAAAAACCUUCAAGUGGUUUUGUCAUUAUCAGGGGCGGAGCUAGACUUUUUGCAAAGGGGGGCACAGAUGUGGCCAAGGUGUUAUCUAGCAGGGGGCACAUGGAAAUAAAAAUWAGUACCCUGGAUUUAAAAUAUUAAGAUGGCCACCACAGCUCAGUUUAAGUGACUUUAAUUCAGCCAUUUAAGCCUAAAUGAGGUGAAAUUUGUUGUGGUGUAGCUGAGAAUGAUUGCUAGUCCCAAUUUAAGYUAACCUCUAGGAUAUAUAUAAAUAUAUAUGUGUGUAUAUUUAUUUUUUACAGAUUUAUUUUACAACGGACUAUAAUUCAGCCAUUAAAUACRCAGCUGAAAAUGUAGAAUAAUCUUUCACAAAAUCUGAAUGCAAAUACAAAAUCCAAGAUGACCACCAAAGCUUAUUUCAAAUACUUAUACCUCUGCCAUUUUUUUUAGAAAUACUGAGCUGAAAUCGGUAAGGUGGUAGCCAAGAGCAAUCCUCCUGUCAUUUUGAAAUCUCAAUUUUAAUCUUUUAGACAUAGAGUGAUGCCCAAAAAAACUCUAAAUUCAAAUGAAAGAAUCUAAAAUGGCUACAAUUCWGCAAWYWUUUUUCAUAUAUUGAGCUGAAAUUUAGUGCGGUGGAAUUGUUUCAUAUUAAUUUGGUGGUUUAGAAAAGAUUAUUUUCUUCUCAUAUUGAUAGGUUCCAUCUACACUAGAUAAUACAGCUGCAUAACAGAUAUUAACUUUGUUUUAUCUCUAACAGACCAUAUUUAUUGUUCCAUGUGAUCCCCACCCCUUGUUAUCAAUCAUUUGGGGGGUGGCACUUGGGGUGGCUAAUCAGAUGAAAGUAGUAGCACUUGCCACCCCAGCCACUCCUCUAGCUCCACCUCUGGUCAUUAUGCUCUUGAUUAAAUGGUUUACAGAUGCCAAUCUGCUUCAGCCGGCUACAGUAUAGUUAGGAAUCACAAGUCUGCCACACCUAUUGAUUUUUUUUCAUGAGUUAAUUGCUAAAAAGCUCGGGAACGAUUGUUCUAACGCUGGCUGGGUCUGUUGUUUUUUAAUUUUUAAUUUUUUUUUCACAUUAACUCGUACUGGAACACAUUUAUAAUGUAUAAUAAUGGUUAACAAAUUCAAGGAAUAAGGUUUGGAGAUUUUUUUUCAAAGGUUGGAGCCCAAUGGCAUCCCCAUCCCUAAUCUGACUAUGCCCUGAGGAACAAGGGGAUCAACAAGUGGGGGGGCAAUGGGGGACGCUGCCCCACCACCCCAACCCCCUUUGGCACAACAACCUUUACCUGUUAAAUCUUGAGCUUUAGUUUGGUGGACAUGUUUAAUAUCCUCUCACUAUUUUAGAUCAGCAGUACCUCUUAAAAUAAAAAAAAAAACAGUGUUUCUGAACGUUGAUUUCAACAAUAUGGAUUUUAAUAAAAUAGUAUUAAUUAAAAAAUACUCUAAAUCUAGUWUCCCUGAAUAUGAACAACUAAACAGACUAAACUAUUUUGAUGCAGAAAGUCAAUAUUUUCACUUCCUGCAUGUUGCAUAAUACAACYCCUUGGUGUUUCAUUUCUUUGACAGGCAACUUGAAACAUCCCUCUUUACUUAUUUGUAACUAUAAAAAUGUAAAGAGCACAUUUCCCUACAAUGACUCCAGCUGAAUCUGUUCCAACAGCAGGAGACAAGAACAAAUGACUGAGAACCACACUGGUGUUGAUCUAGAUCUGAACACACAACCCAAAAUGGGCUUUUACAUCCCURUUCUCUUAUUUAUUUGUUUAUUGUUAUGACCAAACAUAUUUUCUUAGUUAAUCUUUUUAAAACCAGUUUAUCAUGGAUAAUCCCACAGCAUAAACUCUAUUAUUAUAAAUUAUAAUUACAAUCUUUCCCAGCAAUGUCUUGAUGGCUUAAUGAUAUUAGCUUGUGUAAGUUUUUUUCCUCUUGUAUGCUUACGUUUAAAGAAUUAAUGAAUAUAUAUUAGCAAGUUUUUCUGCAGAUAAUAAAAUGAUUUGUAAUGUUUACAUUUGGUUUUGCUCAAAACGGGCUCUAAAUAAACAGCACUGACUUGUAACACCUACAUUCACUACGUCUAACACUUCUGACUGAUAGCUUUUACACUUCUUACUGUUUCUUCAUGCCUGUUUGUGUUUUGUAUUCUAGAUUGUAAUUAUUUUUACUCAUGUCAGUAUAUUAUUCCCUGGUUUUAUUUUACAGAGAAGAAUGAGAAGAUAAUGAUUUGUACAUUAAAUGUUAUAAAAAUAUUGAAUUCUUAAGAAUGUCUUUUGUGGAAAAAACAUUUAUCACUGAUGAUUUAACAGAUGUAACACAUUUUACUGUCUUACUGGACUGAAAUGGUGAGCCAAAUGUUCCAAUCAGCAGGAUCCWGGAWGCAGGGGCGGAGCUAGACUUUUAURUGAGGGCAGGACCUGGGGUGGCCAAGGAUCCUUCAGGGAGGGCACAUACAAAAAAGGAAACUCUUCUGUUUGUCAAUCCUGGUACCUAAGGAAUAUACCUUUUUGACAUGUUUUUAUCAUUCGUGUAGUGACUUGUCCAUCAACUGGGCUAGCCAAUCAGGUUCCAGGGGUUCCACCCACAUGGCUCCGCCUCUGCCUGGAAGAGACAGAAAUGAACAUUAACAAAAAAGGCUUUCCUCCAAGAGGAUCACCCCCAAAACAAUAAGUCAAUUAGUGGUCUGUUAAUUUGAAAUGUAUUUUUGUUCUUACACAUUUUGGAAUAAAGUUUUAAAAUUGACCAAGAAA